AACCUGUAACAAGGAUCUUCUGAGAAUCUGAUGUAGGUGGUCCUUGGCCUACCAUUUGAGAAACUGGCUUAGACAGUGUUUUACCAGAAGUUACUAGGGUUGUUUGAAUCUGGAACUGUCUCUGGAAUUCCCUUGUUAUCUGCAUAGGAACUUGGGGUUGAGAACACAUUUCCCAUCAAAAAGGAUUCCAAGUCCAGGAGCUGUGCAGGGGUGACACACUUUUGAGUGGUUUUAUGGAGUUGAGUGUGUUAGACAAACGUUGGAGAGGUAAGGCUUUCUAAACCUUCUUGUACGGCAGGAUAUUUCCUGAAUUUACUCAAAAUUCAUGCAACCCCUUCAGAAAACAAGGCUUGUCAGGCUGCAAUGCUACACAAAGCCUGCUAAUGGACUUUUAAAAACAGUAGAGAAAGUGAAAAAAUAGGCCAUCUUGCUGUUCCGUCCAAGGAAGAGGAAAUGGCCACUCGAAAUUUGGAAGCACGUUGUUUGGUAUCCCUGUUUCUCUCUGAACCUUGACUUUUUGUGACCUAGCAAUGCUCCUCUUUCUUCUGAGGCCUGACUUCCUACUUUGAAUAACUCUAGAAUCUGAUUAAAGCGCCAAUAAUCAAAAUUUUAACCCAAACGAGUAGCCAACGCCCUUAACCUAGAGGCUGGGCCGGAGCUGAGGUUCAGGCUGAGCGGGGUGAAGGGCUCACACAGCUCUCACGAAUUGCAAUGCGCACUCGAGGGGCGGGCACCAUCUUGUUGGCGGAGGGGCCCAACUGCGCCCCUAGUCCUGCUCUUUCAGGCUCCUGGCCCGGGACUCGAUCGCGAGGGUCAAAGGUUGCGGGCGGAGAGGCCCACAGGCCCCGCGCCGCCGCAAGCUCGGUCCCCGGGUGGCCGCGUUCUCGGCGAGCGCGCUGGGUGCUUCGCGGCCCGGGUCUCUAAGUCGUUCGCGAUCUGCCCCGGUCCGGCUCGCCCCGAUUCCUGGACGCGAGCGACACCGGCCGCCCCGGGUACUCUCCAAGUAAUCAUAGCAGUCACCACUAUGACCUCUUGGGUUUUGAGGCUGCUUCCUGGGGGUGUCCGUUCCUUGGCUACGUCAUCAAAGAAUCAGAAAGUUGAGGACUGUCAUCGGUACCGUGAGGCCUAUGGGUACUUCUUGCCCAUCCAGACGAGGUGGCAGGACAAUGACCAGUACGGCCAUGUGAAUAAUACCGUGUACUACAGCUACUUCGACACUAUUAUCAACCAGUACCUGAUCAGGUACUGUGGCCUGAAAACCGGCUUGCUGACGUCCCCCAUGGUGGGGUUCAUGGUGACCAAUCAGUGCACCUUCCACAGACCCAUCGGCUUUCCUCAGGUCCCAGUGGCUGCGCAGGCCGUGGAGAAGGUGGGUCACUCCAGCAUGCAUUACCGCCUUGCUCUGUUUCCACCGGAGCCCACCAAGAAGUCGCCUUCAGUAGAUCACCAGGACCUCACUGAUGGAUUUUUUCUUGGCCACCCCAAGCUGGCGCAUUUUGCUGCGUUGACCUGCACCACCAGGUCUUCAGUCCAUGUUUUUGUAAAUCCAGCCACCAGCAAGCCUACAGGCCUUCCCAACGACUUCAGGAACGGGCUCCUGAGGCUGAUGUGCCGGGCUUCUGCGUGAAUCAUCUGUAGGCGGAACUGUGCCUGUCAGAAAAUAAAGUUUAGAUUAUUCUCUCAAGAA